AUGAGUAUCUCGCUGUCUACGCCUGCUUUUAAGGUGGGUCUUACACCUGAGGAGAAAAGGUUAUACACUCAAUUAUUUAAAUCAUUGGAUCCGGAGAAUACCGGUGUCGUUACCGGGGACAAAGCAAGAACAACAUUUGAGAAAUCCGGAUUGCCACCUUCUAUCUUGGGUGAAAUCUGGCAAAUAUCUGAUCUGAACAAUUUGGGGUUUUUAAAUCAAUUUGGGUUUUGCUAUGCAAUGAGAUUGAUUGGAUAUACACAAUCAGGACAACACCCAGUACCAGGGUUAGCAGACGUUCCCGGUCCGUUGCCGAAAUUUGUGAAUUUGGGCUUACCACAGCAAAAUGUUUUACAGCCACAAUCUGCAAGUAGCUCAUUUAUGUCGUCUCAACCUAAUGCUUCUAUGCCGCAAUCUGCCGCUUCGCAAGAUUCUUUUGCUGCUGUUUCUCCUGGUGAUUAUCAAAAGUUUUCUCAAUUGUUUAUCAAGACUGUUGGGUCCGCUCAAGGUGAUUUAGAUGGAUCCCGAGCAAAAGAUAUUUUUUUGAAAGCUAAGUUGCCAACGACAACUUUGGGACAAAUUUGGAGUUUGGUUGAUAGAUAUAAUACUGGGAAAUUAAAUAUCGGCGGGUUUGUGAUUGCCAUGUAUUUGAUCCAAGGAUUGUUAAGUGGCCAUAUUAAACAAUUGCCACCAUUCUUGCCUGAAUCGAUUUGGAAGUCAGUUGAGCAACCACAGCUGCUGCCACAGCUGCAACUGAAUCCAGUAAUUGCAGCUCAAAACUCCGUGCAAUCUCGUCAAGUGUCCCACAGUUCUAUUAACUCUCAACUGACUGCAAUCAGGCAUCCGGCUUCAAGAGAUGUAUCAACUACCAGUGAAUGGGUUGCAACACCUGCAAUGAAACAACAAUACGAGUCGGUUUUCAACAAUCUUGAUAAAGAAAAAAAGGGUCACUUAAACCCAGACCAAGUUGCAUCAUUUUUAAUGACAUCGAAAUUGAAUCAACAAGAUUUGGCAUUGAUCUGGGAUUUGGCCGAUAUUCAGAACUCGGGAAUAUUUUCAAAAUUGGAGUUUUCUGUUGCUUUGUUUUUGGUUAACAGAAAAAUUACCGGUAAACCUUUACCAAAUGUCGUUCCAGAUGAAUUGCUUGUUUCGUUAAAACAGGAGUCAGCAGGUUCAAGUACUUUGGAGUCACAGCCACAUCAGCAGCAGCAGCAGCAGCAACAACAACUACAACAACAACGCCCAGUUUCAGAUAUUCAAAAUAGUUCAGUUCCGGCUCAAUCGCAAGCUAUUGCCAAAUCGAAAUCCUCUAUAGACGAUUUGGUUGAUAUUUUUGGGAGCUCCAAUGCAGUUGCUAACAAUACACCUUCCUCGGCACCUCAAGCUAAGCCAGAACUUGUACAAAGAGUAUCAAGUAGUGAGUUAUCACAUACAGAAGCACCAAGAAUUCGUAAUACCUUGACUGGUUCAUUUAAACCAACUUCAAGUUUUGGUCAGUCAUUAAUGCAACAGCAAGACACCCGACACCAGUCACUGUCGUCCAACUUGGCAUCUCCAGUUGAAGAAAAGAAACAAGUACAGAGUUUGCCUGCUGACGAAACGAAAGCUGCACCCCAACCUCCACAACCACAGCAGCAACAAAAAUCUGUCAAUUACGAAGCAUUGAGAAGUGUCCCUCCACCACCAUCGUCAUCAUCAUCAUCACAGCCACAACCUCCAAUCCAAAAGAGGGACAGUACACCAGUUGCUAGUGCUAUUUCUGCACCAAAUUCUUUUGUGUCUGCAUCGCAACAACCAUCUCGUGAAAGGUCUGUGUCGCAACAGGUUUCCACUAAUAGCAACGAUGAUUUGUUGGCAGAUCCAGCUAUUUCCGGACAGUUAUCUCAGGCCACCUCUGAUAUUGCCAAUGUUUCAAAUCAAAUAAAGUCUCUUACUAAUCAAACCACCAAUUUACACGAAAAGAAAACGAGAGCUGAAAAAGAACUUCAAAGAAUAUUAAACACAAAGUCUGAAAUUGAAAACAAAUUGAAACAAUUGAGGGCUUCAUACGACAACGAAGUGAAACAAGUGGAACAGGUUGAAGCAAAUUUAGCAACUGCUAAAGAGGAAACGGAAGCAUUGAGAUCUGAAGCAUCUAUUGCCGAAGCAAAAGUCAACUCCUUGUCGAGCGACUUACAUGACAAACAAGUCGCUAUGGAAAGUUUACAGAAAGAAAAUAGUACUUUGAAAGAAAAAUUGGGUAGUUUGAAUGCAGAGAUUGUUGAGCUUGAGAAGCAAGCUGCUUCUAAGAGUCAAGAAACUCAAACUUUGUCUAACCAAGUUGCUGUCAAGAAAUCACAAGUUCAAGUCGCCAUAGUUAAGAGUGAAGAAUUGAAGAGUAAGAUUGCCGAGAUCGAAGCUUCGCAUAAGCAAUUGCAAUUGGAUUUGGACAAUGCUGAAAGAGAAAGAUUAGAAUCUGAAAAUCGAGCCAAGGAGUUGCAUGCAAAGUCUGUGGAAUUGGAACAAAACAAACCAACAAAACCAAGUGCGGGAAUAAGUGCCGCUAUUGGUGCAGCUACUGCUGCCGUUGUGGGUGGUGGUGUGGCAGGUGUUGCUCAUCACCUUUCUACUGAAAAUGUGGAAUCAAGUGGCUCUGGGUUAGCAAAUGAACCCGUCGAACGCUCUGUGGAAGAUCAAUCGCGGUCUGAUAAUGGUAUAGAAGAAACUAACGCUAGAUUUCCUCAAUUGCAGAUCAGUGAGCCUGUUGAUAAUGCCACGAAUACAACCUCCUCAAAUAUCACCGAUCGCGCUACUGAUGAUGAAGAAACUCCUAUAACUUCCCCAAGCAAUUCAGAUUUCCAAUUUCCACAAGGAAACAAUGCAGCUAUUGUUGGUGGUAUGGUAGGUAUGCCUGGUGUUUUAGUUGGAGUUCAAAGAACCGAAUCUUUGACUUCAAGUGUUCAAAACAACGCAGCCUUAUCUGUGCGUGAUGAUAACAUAGAUGAAAUUAGUGAUCGUGAGACUUUGGAGAAUGCUGACAGUAGCGAAGAAACUGCACCAAAUACUGUAAAUACAGGCAGCUUUGAUAGCGCCGAAAGGCAGCAUCUUGAAGGAAGUGACAAAGGUUCUUCUUCUUUUGAAAUUGUUAAUUCUGAAGAAGCAAGAUCUCCAGAACAUGGGAGUGAGGAAUUUCCUCCAAUUAGAGAAUUGGAUUACCAAGAAAGUGAUUCAUCGGAUGAAGGAGAGGAGCAAACGUUUGAUGAUGCUGUUGAUAACUUACAUGAACAAAACAAGCUGUAUCAAUCUAGAAGCACUGUUGGGAGAGAGGUUGAUACUGUUCCUUCUGAAAAUGUUCAAUCUACAGGAGAUUCCAACUUUGAUGAUUUUGACUUUGACAAUUUGCAGCCGGCAGCUCCCGAAACUGAUACAAAUGAGAAAGAUUUUUUCAAUGAUGAAUUUACUAAUUUAGAAGCUGCUAAUGUUGAUAAUGUAGGCGAUGAAGAAUUUGACCAUGAAAAUGAUGAUUUUGGUGGAUUAUCUGAAGAGUUCACCAACUCCAACGCACCAGACUUCAAUCGUCCAGAAGAAUCUAGUACUGCUCCUUUAGAGGGAAAUGAUGAGUGGGAGCAAUUAUUUGCAGGGUUCGGAAAUGCCCAACCUCAAGCUGCCACUUCGCAACCAGAGGAACAAUCUCUGGGUGGUAUACCAGUAUCAGGCUCGGCUCGGGUGUCGGAGCCGCCUAGUUCUGUGUCGGUACCAUUUACGCGCGACCCACCAAGAUAUGAAUCCCCUCCUGCAGCUCAACCUAAUAGAAACUCGGCAAAUGAUUAUGCUAUACAAGAAUUGGUGGGAAUGGGUUUCGAUGAAAAAACUGCAAUUGAUGCUUUGAAGAAAGAAAACUGGAACUUGGAAGCUGCUACAAACUACUUAUUGGACACUGCUUAA